AUGGUUUCAGAUCAAUGGGUGAUCCUGCAGACUCCCCCCCAGCCUGUGAUUGAGGGAGACACUGUGACUCUGAGGUGUCGUGUCCGCUAUAAUUCUCAUAUUACCAGGGUUGUCUUUUAUAAAGAUAAUGAAGAGCUACAGUCCCGGACUGACACAGAGCUGAGUGUGGAUCGUGUUUCAAAGAGUGACGAGGGGUCUUACAAGUGCAGAGCGUGGAGGAACGCCUCUUACCUUGGUGAAUCUGCAGAGAUGCGGGUGUCAGUGAGAGAGCUUCCCCAGACUACACUCACCCUGGAGCCUCCAUUCCCAGAGAUAUUCACCGGGGAGACAGUCACUCUGAGGUGUGGGGUUGAGGGGGGUUCUGCUGGCUGGAAAUAUCUCUGGUACAAAGACAGUGAGGACACUCCAGUGCUCCAGACUGCUGGACGCAGUAUAACUGGUGACAGCUACACAAUCACUGCAGCUGCUCUAUCUGACCAGGGCCAGUACUGCUGUCGAGGGCAAAGAGGAGAUCAACCAUGUUCCUCUCAGUGCAGCGAUCCUGUUACACUGACUGUGUCUGCUCUGUUCUCCAGGGUGACUCUGACAGCAUCUCCAGGAGCCACAGUGAAGGAGGGAGAGGCUCUUAACCUGACCUGUGAGGCAGCAGUGAACAAAACCCCCCGCCCUGAACUCCACUACACCAUUGUGAGAGACGGGGAGCCUGUGACUAACAGCACUGACUCUGCACUGUACAGCAUAGCCAGCACUGAGAAGAGCCACACUGGGAGCUACACGUGUGCUGUGGAGUCACAGGGAGUGAAGAAGAGCAGCCAGGAGCUACACAUUGAACUGCAAAGUUCCCCGUGUCUCGCUGGUGGUAAGUCAAGGAAAACCUCGGAUCAGGAUCAGGAGCAGUCAGCAGAGGGGAUUGAGCUCUCCAGCCGUGUGCAGCACACUGGAGUGGAACUGGAAUAGUGCUGCAUUACCAUAGACUGGAGUGGAACUGGAAUAGUGCUGCAUUACCAGAGACUGGAGUGGAACUGGAAUAGUGCUGCAUUACCAGAGA